CGCUAACUGACGCCAUUUCACUUCUCAAGUUGCGUUCAGCUGGGUUGGUUGUAUACUCUUCACACACAUCUUUUUCGCAGUGAAUCAGAAGGGCGUAGUAAAGAAUCCGCUGGCAUCGGCGGAUCCUUAACGACUACGAACUAACGAACAAGAAUGGCUACGUGGUGAUUUUUGCUUAACGCAGUGAUCGUCGACGUGGAAACUACCGUUUCCGAACCAUCACGAUGUAUUUAUACAAUCUAACGCUUCAGCGUGCCACGGGUAUAACCCAUGCCGUACACGGGAAUUUUUCCGGCAGUAAAAUGCAGGAGAUCUUGGUCUCGCGUGGCAAAUCUCUAGAACUUCUAAGGCCAGAUCCAAAUACGGGAAAAGUCCACACACUGUUGACUGUCGAAGUAUUUGGCAUUGUUAGAUCUCUAAUGGCAUUCCGACUCACUGGAGGUACCAAAGACUACAUUGUGGUUGGAUCAGAUUCUGGACGAAUCGUCAUUCUGGAGUACAUACCUGCCAAAAAUGCCUUUGAUAAAGUCCAUCAGGAAACCUUUGGCAAAAGUGGAUGCAGAAGAAUCGUUCCUGGACAAUAUCUAGCUAUAGACCCUAAAGGAAGAGCAGUUAUGAUUGGUGCUAUUGAAAAGCAGAAGCUUGUUUAUAUCUUGAACAGGGAUCCAGAAGCCCGUCUCACAAUCUCAUCCCCACUUGAAGCUCAUAAAAGUAACACAUUGGUCUAUCACACUGUUGGCGUUGAUGUUGGUUUUGAAAAUCCAAUGUUCGCUUGCUUAGAAAUUGACUACGAGGAAGCAGACAGUGAUCCUACUGGAGAUGCAGCUGUAAAGACUCAACAGACCUUAACCCUGUACGAGCUUGAUCUUGGAUUAAAUCACGUAGUGAGAAAACAUAGUGAGCCUCUGGAAGAGCACGCUAAUUUCCUGGUUUCUGUACCUGGCGGAAACGAUGGUCCUAGUGGAGUGCUCAUCUGCUCCGAAAAUUAUCUGACCUAUAAGAAUCUCGGUGAUCAGCACGACAUACGUUGUCCAAUCCCCAGACGCAGAAAUGACUUGGACGACCCGGAGCGUGGAAUGAUCUUUGUCUGUUCUGCAACCCACAAGACAAAGAGCAUGUUCUUCUUUUUGGCACAGACUGAGCAGGGUGAUAUCUUCAAAAUCACUCUGGAGACGGAUGAAGAUAUGGUCACGGAAAUAAAACUUAAGUAUUUCGAUACCGUUCCAGUUGCCACCAGCAUGUGCGUCUUAAAGACAGGGUUCUUGUUUGUGGCUUCAGAGUUCGGAAACCACUACUUGUAUCAAAUAGCUCAUCUGGGUGAUGAUGAUGAUGAGCCAGAAUUCAGUUCUGCAAUGCCACUUGAAGAAGGUGAUACUUUCUUCUUUGCACCAAGGCCCCUGAGAAAUUUAGUCCUAGUUGAUGAAAUGGACAGUUUGUCUCCAAUAAUGACCUGCCAGGUUGCUGACUUGGCAAAUGAAGAUACACCUCAGCUGUACAUGACUUGUGGGCGAGGGCCAAGAUCAACACUUCGUGUUUUGCGACAUGGUCUUGAAGUAUCCGAAAUGGCUGUCAGUGAACUUCCGGGUAACCCUAAUGCAGUUUGGACAGUGAAACGAAGAGUUGACGAGGAGUAUGAUGCUUACAUCAUAGUGUCCUUCGUCAAUGCCACUCUUGUGCUUAGCAUCGGUGAGACUGUUGAGGAAGUCACAGACUCGGGUUUCCUUGGCACAACACCCACUCUUAGCUGCUCCGCCUUGGGAGAAGAUGCGCUAGUGCAGGUAUACCCUGAUGGUAUUCGUCAUAUCAGGGCUGACAAGCGUGUGAACGAGUGGAAAGCACCCGGGAAAAAAACCAUCGUCAAAUGUGCCGUGAAUCAACGUCAAGUCGUCAUUGCUCUGACGGGUGGUGAACUCGUCUACUUCGAGAUGGACCCUACUGGACAACUGAACGAGUAUACGGAAAGGAAGAAGAUGCCUUCAGAAGUUAUGUGCAUGGCUCUUGGUAAUGUAGCUACUGGGGAACAGCGCUCCUGGUUUCUGGCAGUCGGAUUACAAGACAAUACUGUAAGAAUCAUUUCUCUCGAUCCAUCGGAUUGUUUGGCACCUAGAAGUAUGCAAGCCCUACCCGCAGCUGCUGAAAGUCUCUGCAUCGUGGAAAUGGGAUCGAAAGAAGCUGAUAGUUCCGAAGACUCCGCACCUCAACAGUCUAGCUUGUACCUGAACAUAGGAUUACAGAACGGUGUCCUUCUCAGAACUGUUCUUGAUCCAAUAUCAGGUGAUUUAGCAGAUACGAGAACCCGUUAUUUGGGGUCAAGACCAGUAAAGUUAUUCAGAAUAAAAAUGCAAGGUAACCAAGCAGUAUUGGCAAUGUCUAGUCGGUCGUGGCUCAGCUAUUAUUACCAAAAUCGUUUCCACCUCACUCCGUUGUCCUAUGAAAGCCUCGAAUUCGCUUCUGGAUUCAGUUCAGAACAAUGUCCCGAAGGAAUUGUGGCCAUUUCUACUAAUACCUUGAGAAUUUUGGCCCUGGAAAAACUUGGAGCGGUUUUCAACCAGGUCAGCUUCCCGUUGGAAUACACGCCUCGUAAAUUUGUCAUUCAUCCUGACUCCGCCAAUCUGAUAGUCCUCGAGACCGAGCACAAUGCUUAUACUGAAGAAACUAAGCAACAGAGACGCCUACAAAUGGCCGAAGAAAUGCAGGAAGCAGCUGGCGCAGAAGAAGCGGCUGUAGCCAGAGAAUUGGCCGAAGCCUUUCUUUCUGAAGAACCUAACGAGGCAGUGUUUGGAGCUCCUAGAGCUGGACCUGGCUUAUGGGCAUCCACUUUGAGAGUUGUAGCACCUGCAACCGGACAAACUAUCGAGCUUCAUCGACUGGAACAAAACUUUGCUGCUCUAUGCUUGGGAUUGGUGAGAUUUGCAAACCAGGGUGAUCAGCAGUUCCUGAUCGUUGGUGUAGCCAAAGAUUAUCAAUUGAAUCCCAGAAUGAGCAACGGUGGAUUUCUAUACACAUACAAAGUUAAUGCAGACUGCACAAGUCUCGAACUGAUGCACAAAACUAUAAUGGACGAAGUUCCCCUCGCCAUUUGUCCUUACCAAGGUCGAGUUCUAGUGGGAGUCGGAAGGAUGUUGCGUCUCUAUGAUAUGGGAAAGAAAAAACUAUUACGUAAAUGCGAGAACAAGCACAUUCCGAACGCUGUUGUAUCCAUCAAUGCCGUUGGACAGCGUAUCUACGUUAGCGAUGUUCAAGAAUCCGUCUACGCAGUCAGAUACAAACGACAGGAAAACCAGCUGAUCGUAUUUGCCGAUGACACUCACCCACGAUGGGUAACAACGACGUGCGUUCUCGACUAUGACACUGUAGCUACCGCUGACAAAUUCGGGAAUAUCGCCGUGAUCCGACUGGCAUCUGGGAUAAAUGACGACGUUGACGAAGAUCCCACAGGAAACAAGGCGCUAUGGGAUCGAGGACUUUUGAACGGAGCGAGUCAAAAAGCUGACACGGUAGCCUGUUUUCACGUCGGAGAAACUGUUAUGUCUCUUCAAAAAGCGACUUUGAUACCAGGAGGUUCCGAGAGUUUGGUGUACACGACUUUGAGUGGAACGGUCGGCGUUUUAGUUCCAUUUACGAGCCACGAAGAUCAUGAUUUCUUUCAACAUUUAGAAAUGCACAUGCGGUCGGAACACCCGCCACUCUGUGGUCGCGAUCAUCUCUCAUUUAGAUCGUACUAUUACCCGGUGAAAAAUGUAAUCGACGGAGAUCUCUGCGAACAAUUUAACUCCAUCGAACCGGCUAAACAAAAAGGGAUAUCCGGUGACCUGGAAAGAACCCCAUCUGAAGUAUCGAAAAAGCUUGAGGACGUCAGAACUCGAUACGCUUUCUAAAAGGGUCGGAAGUAAAUUAAAAUGCCGACCCCCUUCCCCGGUCUACUACGUUCUUUGACUUCGGUGAUGAGAGAUGAAUGUCUGUCCCAGCAAAGAUAGCUGUAAUUUGUCAUUCAUUAGAUUUCACUUCAGGAUCAAUAUUGUAAAUAAUAGAGAAGAACAGCCGAAAUAGUUUUACAUUCGUGUUAAGUAGACAUAUUCCGCUCAUGUUCGUUUAUGUCCGAAUCAUUUUAUAUUCCGAAUAUCUCUUUUUAGUCUGUAAGAUUUCCUUUCAUCAUUAGUAUUAAUAUAUUGGUCUGUAUUUCCAAUAAGCUAAGUAUAAUUAAUUUUACGGUUUGCGAUAAUAAAUGAUAAUAAAAACGAGAAAAAAAAAGUUAA